AUGUCUUUUGCUUUUGUCCUCAAGCGAAAGCGAAUGGAAGCUUUUUUUCCUUCAUAUGCUUUUUUUUCUUUAAAGCUACUAUUGAAAAGACUGCGUCGAAAUGUUGCAAGAAGGAACGACGCAGCGCUCCUCCGCCAAUGGUCGACGCCAAAACCAAAGAAAGAAAAGCCAGCGGAACGGGUGGAUGCGUUAGAGACAUUAACUGAAAACGAGGAAAGACUGAAUAUACUGACUUGUCUUUCUUUCAGACAUCUUUUUCUUUUGUUAUAUUUAUUCCAUCAUUUUUUUUCUUUUCUUUCACCGUUUUUCAUUUUAAAUCAUUCAUUUUUUUUAUUUCUUUCGUUUAUUCUUUUUAAACGUUUUCUUUUUUCUUACUUUUUUCAAUGUCAUCUUUCUUUCGUUUUAAUGUUUUAUUUAUUUUCUUCUAUUUUCUUUCUUUCUUUUCUCUUUCGUAUAUAUUUCUCAAUGUUUUUUGUUUUUCUUUCCUUUUUCGAUGUUUUCUUUCUUUUUAUACUUUUUAAUGUUUUAUUUUUUCCUUCUAUUUUCCUUCAUUCGUUUAUGUAUUUUCAGUAUUUCAUUUUUCCUUCCAUUUUCUUUCUUUCUUUCUUUCUCUUUUUCAAUAUGUUCUUUCUUUGCGUCUUUGGCUACUUAAUGGCUUCUAAUAUAUCUGUUGUUCUCUCUUCUUUUUUUUUCUUUCUUUCCUCCAAUUCUUCCUCCUUUUUUUCUUUCAUUUUACGUAACUUUUAUACGAUUUCUUUUUUGUAUUCUUAUUUGUUUCGGUAUUUUUUUUUGAUUCAUUCACCGCGUCUGAUGUUUCAUUUAUGCCUACUCUUCACCUUCUUCACCAACUUUAUUCUGAAAUGUCUUGCCGACAUUGUACCAUUGUAUUGA